AUGCCUCGCCCCAUCCUCAUCGUCGCGAGUGCAGUCCUCGCACUCUUAUCUCCCCUCGCUCAGGCCAAGGACAAGAGCGAGAUACGCACGUACUUCUUCACCAGUAACGACUGCAAUGGACCAACAAUCGGCGGCAAUGAGGACAUCAAGGUCAACCAGUGUCACGAAAUUGUCAGCGGCGCCAACAGCAUGAGGCCUUCCACGAACAAGCACCAGGACUGGGUCAACCAGAUCAACAGCGGAAAGCAAUAUUGCUGGGUCGCCACAUACAAACAUCACGGCUGCCAAGGCUACCCAACAGUUUCCGAAGAACUCCCUGGAGCCAUCAAUGACUGCAUAUCUCCAGACGAACAGUUUCUCUCGAUGGUGUUUGGAUGUCGAGAGGAGAAGCCAGAGAACAGUACGACGACGACCGUCAUUGUGGUACCAAACACCACCGUCACUGUGAUACCCACCGCCGACACCACAGUCACCAUGUUUGUAACCCCAACUCCCGCCGUCAUCACCGUGGUUGGGACUGCUGGCUAUAUCACAACAUGGAUGCACGCCGGCAGCUCUUUCACCAACUAUGUCUCGACUAUCCUGACGACUACCCUCAAGACUGUGUAUCCUACGCCGACCACCGUUACUCGAGUGAACGAUGGAACUACGACCGUCGUCGUGGGUCCAGGUGCCAUCCAAACUUCCCUCGAGACUAUCACCGUGCUUCCUAGCUCUCCAACCCAUACCGUCACCGUCUAUGUCGAAGACAGCCACUACCCGCGCGAGCGUCGCUUCGACCCUCAGCCCGAGGCUCACGCUCUGGAGCCACGCCGAAGGAGCAAGUGGAAGGGCCCUCGGAUUGGUGUCUGGAUGAAGCACCCUUGGUCUCAGGCGGUCAUUUGCUACGAAUGCUACGCCAAAGCUCCUGACAAUACGUGGAAGUUCGAGUGUCGCUCUGGACCAAACAACCCCAUUUCAUGCAAGGGCCCGAUACCUGAUCCAAAGGAAACCGUCACUGUUACACAUACUCCAGAUGUCACUGUAACCCAGGGUGUAGCGAUCACCAGCACGUCAGUCGUUACGGUAACAGCUGGGCAGGCGUCGCCAGCGCCAACCGUUAUCACAACGAUUAUCAGCGACAACCCAAUUCAGUCAAUGCAGACCAUUACGCUCGGCAAGAAGGAAGCCGAUGUAGAACGCCGCUCGUUCCACAGGGCCGUCAGAUUCACCCACCCAUGGUAUCCUAAUACAGAGAUGUGUGCAGAUGCUGAAUGGGAGGAGCGAGGAUCGAAGGGGUCAGAGAUCCGGAUCCAAAAACCUAAGGAAGACAUGAAGAAGUGCACUCCGGCUCAGCAAGUGCAGUACAUCGACGCCAAUCCAAAGACGGCCACUAUCGAACUCCCUUCCUCUACUGUCUCUAUGAUCAUCGGCACCUCCACGGUGUAUCCUCCGUCCAUCGUCACGGUCAUUCCCUCUCCUCCAUCCGUCGUCACAGUCAUUGGCUCUCAACCCGUGGUUACUGUCACCACCAUCUUGGGUCCUCCCACGGUCACCGUUACGACUACCUCUACACCAUCGUACAUCACGGUCACUCAUGCCUUUCCUCCUGAACCCAUCACCACCACGACCAUAAUCGUCGCCCCUGAGCCACCUUGCACCACCGAACCCUACUCCAUCACAACCGUCUACGUCGACCCUGAGCCACCGUGCACCACCACUCCCGCACCUGUUUCCAUCGAAACCGUCUUCGUGGACCCCAGGCCGCCUUGCGACACCGUCACCGUCGUCCCCGGAUCUGCGCCCAUGAGCUACACCACCGUCUACUCAAAACGUCAACAGCUGCGUGAUCUCUGAGUUGUUG